AUGAAAAUCAUCAUCUAAAGAGUUUUAAAAGCAUCUUUGACUUCAGAGGAAAAGCUGGUAUCCCAGAUUAACAAAGGCUUGAUGGUUUUAGUUGGAAUUACUCACACAGAUAAUUAUAUGGACUAUCAAUACCUUGCAAAUAAAAUUUUAAAGUUGAAACUCUGGCCUGAUGAGAAGGGUAAAGCUUGGUCAUCAAAUGUCGUUGAUAACAAAUUCGACAUACUUUUAGUGUCACAAUUCACUCUUUAUCACUAAUUAAAAGGGACAAAGCCUGAUUUUCAUGAUGCAAUGAAUGGUGAAAAAGCUUAAAUACUUUAUAACGAAUUUUUGGAAUACUUGAGGAAGUAAUACAUAGCAGACAAGGUUCAGCCUGGAGCUUUUGGGCAAUAUAUGAAUAUUGAAAUGGUUUGUGAUGGACCAGUCACAAUCACUGUAGAUAGUAUUAAGGACGAAAAAGCUCUUAAAAAGUAAGAAGCAUUAUAGAGGAGAGCAUAAAAGUAGUCUUAGGGUAAAUAGAUUCCAGACAAUGAUGAAGCGAAAUAAGAUUAAGAAGAAUAGAAAUAAUAGGAAGAGGAAUAAAAAUCAUAUGAAAAGGAAGAUAACAAGCAAUGA